AUGCCUCGACACCUAUCGAUCCUGCGUAUAGUCAGUCUCCUGGCUAUCAUCAGCCCCAUAUCAGCGGCUAAAUACGGGUACAUUGAGUCAAAGGAUUGUGUGGAUCCAUCAGGCUAUGAACAAUGCUACAAGACUGGAGACGCUGCGCGUAACGACUGCAUAAACAAGAAUUGCAAGAACAAGAACAGAGAUUGCAUCAGCGCCUGUGACUGCGCAUUCAAUUUUGGCGUCGUUGACUGCGCCCUGACCAGUUGUUGGAACAAGGUGUACAGUUGCGAAUAUCAAAACACAGUGCUUGAGCUAGGUGGCAACUGUCAGGAUGAGAAGUUCGAGGACAUCCCAUUCUUCCCGGCACCCGACGAUGCCCCCGACGCUUGCUCAUGCAACCUUGGCAAGGUCGCUACAUCUCUGAACCGUGCUGUAGAGGAAUUGGACACGUGCAUCGAAAGAAACCAGGACACAUGGGACUCACUGUCUCUUGAUGAACAGGAGGUUUUUAUCAAGGCUUGCAAGUGCUGCACAAGCAGCGGUAUACUUUCUAGCUUCUGGGGUAUCUGCCCUGAUACAAAGCCCUCACUUCUAGGCGCCGACGAAUACUGGAACAUACUCAUCUCUCAAGACGAAGACUAUCCUCAGUGCGGCGAUUACAACGAUGUCUACAGUUGCGCAAAAGAUCUCAAGUUCACGCCACCAGGCGAAGACAAAUCAGCAAAGUUCUACGGACCUGGUGAACUUCCCAAGAAUGGAACCAACACACUGUCCAAUAUGGAAGGCAGCAUCACUAGUCCUCUCAGUGGCGCCACGUUUACAUGGACGGAUGGCCCCAUCGUACAUCCCAUCACUGCGGCGAGUGCGGACGCGAAACCAACAGGCAGCUCGGAUAAUAAAGACGACAAGGAUGAUGGUAAGAGUGAUGAAGCAAACGAGACUGGAAAGAAUGAGACUGGAAAGGAAGAUGAAGAGGACGCAGCUUCAAUUAUUUCUCCUCCUGUAUGGGCCCUCGUUUUUCUGGUCUUUGCUUUGCUUCCUUAA